UAUAAUAUUAAAUAAACCAAUGAGAAAAGUCUUCUUUCUUUUAUUUUUUCUAUUCGAAAAACAAUUUGGCAAUUGACAUUAAAGAACCAAAUUCUCUUUUCUUUUCUUUAAUAUUAUUCAUUGGAGAUAUGGUAAAAUGGCUUAUGCCUAUCACCGAAAUUGGUUUAUUCCAUCGUAAUUUUUGGUCAUAAAGACCGUUUCAUCAAGGCAAAAGGAUUUCAGAAGACGACCAAACACAGAAACACUGUAAGAUUUUUCUUCCUUGGGACAUGUCAAAACAUUUUAAAGAGUUGACUACUGUUGUAUUCAUCCACUAUGUAAAUCAGGAACAUAUUCUUCAACACCAUCAUCAUCCCUUUAACCGUCAUAAUAUCAGCCUAACUCUAUAUCACAAAAUAUUGAAUAGAACAGGUGUUUUCUUUGGCGAUCUAGAAUUUUAGAAUAAUAAAAAAGAUGAAUAUGGAUGAGGAAGAAGUAGAAGUUUGGGGUGGAGCAUCCAGAGGGUGUAGCCACACUCACAGCUGUAACCCUCCAGGACCAGAUGAUGCUUCUCACUCCCACACAUGCUUCCACACCCACACUCAUCUCAUCAUCCCUGAUCAGCAAGAGAAUGAUCAUUCUGACAGCAACAACAAGAAACGGUCGUGUGGGAACAGAGAGGCAGUGAGGAAGUACAGAGAGAAGAAAAAGGCUCGCACUGCGUACCUUGAAGACGAAGUUAAGAGAUUGGAAACUCUGAAUGAACAUUUGCUUAGAAAGCUUCAGAGCCAAGCAAUUGUGGAAGCCGAACUCAUCAGACUCCGAACUCUUUUGGUAGAGAUGCAGGAGAAGAUUGAUGGUGAACUUGGUGGUUUCUCGAAUCAGAAGCAAAAUAAGCAAUGCACCGGUUUUGUGUUCAAAGAAGAUGGAUGCAGUGUGGCAACAACUAAUAUAUUAUGUGAAGCGGCAAGAGUGGAGUGCGAGGAUGGCCAAACACUUCAUGAUGCUGCCAUUCACUCCUUUGUUCCUCAUUCACCACCAUUCUCAAAUUAAGCUUUUACGGGUUGUGGUAUUGUGUAUAUAUACAUACACAUAUGGAAUUUAAAUUAGGGAUGUAAAGGUUGGAGUCCCAUAUAGUUAAUAUAUAUAUAUAUAUACACAGAUUGUAACUUACUCCACACAUGUCUACUUUAAGGGUACCAAAACAUAUUGAUGUACAUUUUGAUUUGGAAUGAAGAGGAGGGGGAUUGUGAAGUUUGUAUGUA